AUGAAGUUCCUUGCCGUUUUUCUUUCAUUGAUUGCAGCAAAAGAAACGCUUAUUGAAAUCGAAGGCAUACCAUCUGUAGAGGAAUGGGAGGCAGUUUUAGAUCAACACGAGGUGGUUAUUGCUGGCUAUUCUUAUUGCUUCUUUGCUAAAAACACGAUCAAGAAACUCGACGAGUUAAAAAUAGACUAUGCUUGGCUUCAAAUGGACAAGCAAAAAGCAAGUUCGGGAAAAUGGUACAACUUUAUGAAGGACUACACCGGAACGGGAAAAAUCAACAUUUUCAUGAAUGGCGAAGCUGCUUUUACAUCAGAAAUUGCGUUGAAAAAGUCACUGAUGAUGAAAUUGUUGCUAAAUAUGUCUCUGCUAAUUGAGUUACAAUUAUCAAAUAGACGAACAAAAAUAAAUCGUUUGAAUUGA